AUGACGUACUCGAAUGCAAAGGACAUUUGGGACAAAUUAAUUAGUGUUUUUGAACAAAGCAGUAUUCAGAGACUUAAUUUAUUGAUGACACAAUUUUUUCAAGUUGGUAGAGAUCCUAAUGACAAUGUUGGUACACAUGCAGCUAAAGUUGAAAGAAUCUACACGGAUAUGAACUGUGAAUUAAAUCGUAUUGGAUCAAGUAAUAUUCCAGAAGAAUUAUUGCAUGGUAAAAUAUUGCUUACUGUGGGUCCAGAAUUUCAAGAAUUCAGCAAUGUUUGGGAGUCUCUAGACUCUGAUAAACGAACAACCAAGAAUCUUGUUGAAAAAUUGUGUACAAUUGAACAACGUGUUAAAUCCAACGCUGCUGUGGAUUAUGGCGCAUUUGCAGCUCGUGUGCCUGGUUUUAAGCAAAAACCUGUGAAAAAUGGGGAAAGACUUCCUGAAAGUACUCCUGUAGGUAAUAAAUCUAGCAAUUUCAAGCAAAAGAACUGUUUUAAGUGUGGUUCGAAUACAUAUCUUUGUAAGGACUGCCCUAAGAGAAGGUCAAAUGUCUCAAAGCAUAAUAAAGGUGCAUUUGCUGCUAGUGCAGACAGUACACAUCCUGAUGUUUGGGUCUGUGAUUCUGGUGCUUCACAUCACAUGACUGCUAACAAACAGUACUUUACUUCGUACAAACAUUUUCCUGUGCCCAUUGAGGUAUCACUUGCUGAUAAUAACAAAAUCUAUGCAUAUGGAUUUGGCAGAAUAAACAUUGAAGUUUGUAUUCAAGGUAAAUGGUAUGAUGCUCACAUGGAAAAUGUCUGGUAUGUCCCUGAUGUGAAAUGGCAUCUCUUCUCUGUACAAAGGCUACCAAGCAUGGAGUUGAAGUAA